AUGUCUUUCGCCGGAGUAUCCGUCGUUGCCAACCGCAAGCUGCUGCAGCCGUUCCUCGCGCCGGCCAUGCACCAAGGCACGGCCAGCGGCAGCGGGUAUCAUCUGCUUGUUUUCGAAGGUUACUCUUCUGCUAAAGACACGCCCAAUGGCACGCACAUCAAGGGUCGCUCUUUCAGAACUGGAGGCUAUCGUUGGGUUCUCGAAUUUUUCCCGAAUGGUCGUUGCUCCGAGAGCUCCGAUUUCGUUUCCGUUUAUCUUGUCCUUGAUCAGGAUGUUGCACAGCCGGUCAACGUCCAUCUGGAGUUCAGCUUCAUUGACGAGGUUGACAAGCAAGAGCCCACUCACAUACGUGGAAUCAAAACAUGUGGAUUUUCUAGCAGUGAGCCUUCUUGGGGUCGCCUUCGUUUCAUAAACAAAGAAGUUUUCGUGAAAUCGAAGCAUAUAAAGGAUGAUUGUUUUACCAUCCGGUGUGACUUCAUCAUCGCUGACUCCCCUCCUGCAUAUAUUGAGGUGCCACCCUCUAACAUAUGUCAGCAUUUGAAUCAUCUCCUUGAAGCAAAGAUAGGUGCUGAUGUGACAUUUGAGGUCGACGGUGAAACAUUCCCCGCUCACCGUUGUCUGCUUGCAGCCCGUUCCGCUGUCUUUACGGCGGAGCUCUUUGGCCCCAUGAAAGAGGCGGCUACGAAUAGUGUCAUACAGAUACAAGACAUGGAAGCAAAAGUUUUCAAGGCCUUGCUUGGUUUCGUUUACACCGACUCAAUGCCCAAGAUGGAGGUGGAUGGGGGUAUAGAAGAAGGGAGAGCUGAAGUUAUGUGGCUGCAACACCUGUUUGUUGCAUCGGAUCGAUAUGAUCUCCAACGGUUGAAGUCGCUGUGCGAACAGAAGUUGUCAGAGCGCAUAAAUCUAAACUUCGUCUCCACCAUUCUUGCUCUGGCUGUGCAGCACCAUUGCUGCGGAUUGAAGGAUGCCUGCUUGGAGUUCCUCAAAGUCCAAUCUGCUGCAGCUUGGAAACAAGUUAUGGCGACAAGUGAGUGGGAGCAUAUAGCUGCAACUUAUCCUUCUGUUCUGAAUGAGCUCAUUACCAAGUUUGCUUGCAAAGUGUAA